AUGGCUUCCUUUCAAGAGGAGCCCUUAGCCGCAGGCCUGCUUACGGUUCUUGUCACUUCUUUCGCCCCUACUCCGACCGCCACCGCAUCCGCCUCUUCAUCGUUUCAACAUUUACCUUCGUCGACAUCGGGCUCUGAUCCGAAUACCGGCGGCCACAAUGGAGGGCAUAUACAUGAAUGGUCGUCUCUGAUUGGUAUUGUGACUGCAUUGGUGGGAAACGUGCUCAUAUCUCUGGCGCUCAAUAUUCAACGUUACGCUCACAUCCGGAUCGAGAGGGAGUGGGAGCAGAGCAAGCUACAAAGGGAGAUACAGUGGAAACGGGCCAACUCGGGCCGGAAUGCAGCAGGUGUCUACGGAGCUACCGUAGACGAAGAGGAUGGCAGAGAACCUAGACGAGAGGGACGUCCGUUUCCUCGUUAUCGAGACGAGUCUCCGGAUUCCGGGCCAGAAUUGCCCGAGGACUUUCUAAGAUGGAGCGACGAGUUCUCGGAUGGAGAAUCAGGCCCGCGCGGUCGCCUACGCGAGUCCUUUCUAUCGGACCAAACUAUUCGUGCCGGGGAUAAGGAUUCUCGCCAUGGCCGGCGCAAAUCAUACCUCCGCUCGCCGUACUGGUGGGCGGGCAUCGUGCUCAUGUGUCUCGGCGAGAUCGGUAACUUCAUGGCGUACGGGUUUGCUCCUGCAUCGAUUGUGUCCCCGCUAGGCGUCGUCGCGUUGAUCUCAAACUGCGUUAUUGCCCCAAUAAUGCUCAAGGAGAAGUUUCGCCAACGCGAUGCCUGGGGGGUGCUCAUUGCAAUCGCCGGUGCUGUUGUGGUCGUGCUCAGUGCCAGUUCGUCGGAAGAGAAAAUCGGUCCCCAUGAUAUAUGGGUCAUGAUCACGCGCUGGGAAUUCGAGCUGUACUUGGGUCUGACAGCCUGCUUGAUAAUCGCCCUCAUGUGGGUGAGCCACAAGUAUGGCUCUCGAACCAUCCUGAUAGAUGUCGGGCUAGUCGCGCUGUUUGUCACCUAUUUACUGGUGUUUGUCCUUGUUUUCAGCGCUCUGAUGCAGAUUCGGUACAUCAACCGGGCUUUGCAACGUUUUGAUUCCACCCAAGUCAUCCCAACGCAGUUCGUACUCUUCACAUUGUCGGUUAUCGUUGGAAGUGCUGUGUUAUACCGCGACUUUGAGAACUACACCGCCGAGCGCGCCUCAAAGUUUGUCUCUGGCUGCCUUAUGACAUUCCUAGGCGUGUACUUUAUCACGAGUGGCAGAGCCCGUGCAGAUGACGAGUCUUCUUUCUCCAUUGAUGACGAGGAAGAAGCGAUUGGGCUUCUGGGAGGAGAGCAGUAUCAGGACAAUGUUGACAUUGCCCCUCCUGCGCAUCAAGCUAGGACAGCCAAACUCGGGCAGAGGCAAUCAAUACCUGAUGAGAACGAUCUACAGUCCCCGUCGGGAUCUUUACUGGGCAAUGGAAUUGAGGACGUUGAUGAGGACCAACUCACUCCCAAGGGUGCUCUGUCCGCUGCUCCUUCAUCUCCUGUCGGCUCCUUGACCGCGGAAUCUCCUACACAGCCGUCUCCCGGGCAUCCGUCUUCUUUGCACUCGCACUCUCACUCACUGUUGACGAACCCAUGGGCGGACCACUUGGAACAACACGUUCAGGCUUCCAAAUCCGAACCGCAGCUUCACCGACCAGCCACUCCUCCGAAACAGUCCGAAACUGCCAACACUGAUUCAGCAGUCCUCUUGCAGUUUCCUCCUGCCCCUGGUAUUGAAGAUCACGGCUACCGACCCUCGUCUCCAUCCAAGCCCGACCACGUCGAACCGGCUGGCCGAGCAAGUACCGUCCCCCAGACUCCUCCCGCAAGGAACCUACGCAAUUCUAUAUCCAAGCAUUUCUCUCCCGGCCCACUUCUCCCUACCCUUUCGGCAGGUUUCAGUGCGGUCGUUGCCGAAUCACUUCGCCGUGGUGAAACCAGUCCCGUGAAAGACCGAAAGUCGCAUAAGCGAUCCGCUCGAAGAAAGCAGCUAAGCACAAUAGCCUUUGACGGCUACAUGCGCAACAGGGACAGAGGCCCUUCAGAUGAGGUGGAUGCGGGUGUGGACCAGCAUCUUCCAUUCCAACUUGCGACUGCUCGACUCCAUUCUACUGGGGAUCUCCCGACGGCUCCUGGGCUCGUUGGUAACUCCACCCCGGCAGUAGACUCUGAAGAUCAGUCCAUCAAUCAAAGUGGAAACGGUAUCACCACGCUCACCCGACUUCGCAGCCUUAGUGAUUCAUGGAGUGGAGGUUUAGCAUGGCUUGGUGGCGCUCUACGAAAGCCUAACAGCAGCAACAAGGCGUUGGACAAUACGACAGCAGUCGAAGCAGACGAGAAUGACAGUAGCACCGAGACUCAUGAUGGAGGGGGUGGUCGCGAAAGUGGCGCAGAUACGCGGACGUAG